AUGGAUCCAGAUAGGCCGGUCGAAGAGGAGGAAGACAUGACCUUCGAGGAAACAGCAUUUCUGGACAAGCUAGCUGUAAUGGCGGAGGAGCGCCAGCGAGCAAUGAGGAAGAAGCCGUUCCGGCCAGUCAGCAGCACGAUAAGCGUGCUCUUGCGGCUCUUCAUCUGGUACUCGAUCUUUAUAGCCCUAUUUCGAUGCCCGUCGUCUCUCUCCGAGCUUGAUGAUGAAUCUCCGCGAGUGUGCCAGCCUUACAUAGUCGCAAAAACACGCCUCGAGCCUUACAUAGCGCCUUACUACAACAAGUACGCCGCUGAACACGUCGAACAUAUCAAGCCAUAUGCACAAUCGCUUUACGAGACGGCUGAGAAGGUGUACACCCCAACGGCACAGUUCUCAAAGGAUAUUUAUCAGGGCCAUGUAUCUGUUUACGUGGAGCGGGCGGUGGACCUUGCAAAGUCACAGUGGAGCCAGAAAGUAUCGCCACACACCGACCCUCUGCAGGCGCAGGCUAUCGAAUACUACAACUCGUCUAUCGAUCCUCGCGUCAAGUCGGUGAAGUCGAUUGCCAUCCCGUACCUUCAGGUAGCCGCUGGAUAUAGCGUUUACAUCAACAACAACUACGUCAUCCCAGCGUAUGUACGCUCUCGUCCAGUGAUUCGCCGGGUCUGUGCAACCAUCUAUGACUUUGUCGUUACAACCAUUGCGCCAUACAUACAGGAAGCAUGGUCUACCCUUAUUGUCUUCCUUAAGGGUACAGUUCGGCCCUAUAUCGCCGCCCUUUACUCGGAGAACGUGGAGCCUCAGCUUGUCAAAAUCGGAGAGAAGCUCGCAAGCUACCGCGAGGGACGAACGAUUCAGCAAGUCAAUCUAGAAACUACCAGUCCAAUAGUCCACGAGCCUACGACAACUAAGUCAUCUACGCAGAGCUCUGUUGAAUCAAAGACAAAGGCUACACGAGCCUCGUAUGUGGAGCCUCCUGCUGCUACCAAGCUGGCCCCAGCUCAGCAAAACGAGCUCGCGCGAGAAAAGAUUUCCACAGAUCUCAAGGCCUGGAAGGAAAGGACUGCAGGCUUGGCCAGUAAAGGACUUGAACAUGUCCGAACGCACGUUCCCCAGGUAAUUGAGGAUAUUGCGCGCCAGGAGAAGCCAUCAGGAGAGAACAUUCUUUCUUCCUUGAAGUCUGUUGUCGAUGAACAGCUACAUGCGUUAACGCAGGAGCUAUACGCCAUCAUACAGGCAAUUCCCGAGGAAUAUACGAAAGAAGAUGAAGAGAAAGCCCAGGAUGCAUUCCUACAGCAGCUGAGACAGUCUAGUCUUGCCAUCAGAGGCACCGCACAUUCACUUCGUCUCUGGUUCAGCAAGUAUCAAGAAAUGCUCACAAAUGCCGUCUCCAACACAAUCAACGCCACACUCGACGUCCUUGAGAACGCCCGCGCGCUCGGUCUACAGGAAAUCGGAAUGCGCUGGACGGCCAUAGACGGUGUCACGUACAAGGAUUGGGCAAGCUACUACGCUUUGAAAUCAGAUCUCGGGGAAUGGAAAGAUGAAAUCCGACAGGCCGGAUUACAGCACGACAGCUUCGUUUUGGCCAAGGAUGAUGGCGAGACCAUUGUUGCACGGGGGAUGGACAUUGCAGUGGAUGCUGCACAGCAGCUGGCGCAAAUACGGUCGAUUGGCAAGCUAAAGAUCGAGGCUGGAGACACGAGCAAGGGCCUUAACGUCGACCACAUCAAUGAUGAGUUGAUAGAGAACAGGAAGAAGUACAUGAUUACCAGUGUUACAUCUACUCCUGCUGUUACGCCUACUCCGUUAGAGAUAUCUGAUAGCUCCGAAUUUCCUGUUUCUAGCGAGCCAUCCACGAGCUCUAUAGCUGAGAGCCUUGAGGCUGAGAUCGAGACUCCGCGGGUCGAAGAAUAUACCGGUGAGCAGCCAAAAGCUGCUUUACUAGAUGACGAGACUAUUCAGUCGGACGAGACCCUGGGGCCCGAACCGGCCCCUGAGGCUUCCGUUAUCCUCGACGAGACCGCAGCUGCAGAAUUAUCCGAUGAAUCUUCACCCGAGCCUACAUCUACGGUAGAAGAGCCUGCCGCUUCAGACCCGGCCGGUGCUGCAGAAUCAUAUCUAGACGAGGUUAUAGAUAGUAUUGAGCAGGAGCAGGAGCAGUUGCACGUCGACCAAACAUCUCAGGAAGACACCAUCCAGGCUGACGAAGCUAUCACUUUGGGUACUAACCCAGUCUCAUCUACUAUUGAAACCAAUGACGAAGCCGCGGCCGAAGUUGAAGUCGAAGUCGAAGCUGAAGCACCAGUAUUCGUGACCCAAGCCAUUGACGAUUUGAAACCAGAGGAGCAAGAAGAUACCUCCAGCACAGCCAUCGAGCCUACUCCACCUACAUCCACAUCUCCAGUUGAACCCAUUGACCUCCAUGAGAUGGUCGGCUCAGCAACAGAUGAGAUAAACUCACUCGUCGGCUCUGCAAAGGCCGGUCUUGAGAAGACUCCCAUGCCUAACGACAAGGCCAGCACUCUGCUCAAAGAUGCAAGCACCAGGCUCGGCGAUGUGGUCUCAUCCGUGCAAUCCUCGAUCAGCUCUCUCGAAGCCAUGCCGCCAUCUGAGCCUACCGCACCCGAACAACGCCGUGAACACAUCAGAGAUGAAAUUGCCAAACUGACUGCUGCCCUGGAAGCUGCCCAGGCGGCUUUGCUUGAGCUGUAUCAACCAGACAGGCCAGAGCAGACGCAGGAGCCUACUCCCGGCGAACCCAUCCACGGCUAUUAA